GAGGAGGAAGAACAGGAUGAGAGUGGCUGUGAGGAGGAGGAUGGGCGUGAGGAUGAAGAUGAGGACUCGGGCAGCGAAGAGAGCCUGGUGGACUCAGACUCGGACGCAGAGGAGAAGGCCGUGAAUUUCCAGGCCGACUUGGCGGAUCUGACCUGCGAGAUUGAGAUCAAGCAGAAGCUGAUUGAUGAGCUGGAGAACAGCCAGCGGCGUUUGCAGACCCUCAAGCACCAGUACGAGGAGAAGCUGAUCCUGCUGCAGAACAAGAUUCGGGACACGCAGCUGGAGCGGGACCGGGUCCUGCAAAACCUCAGCACCAUGGAGUGCUACACCGAGGAGAAGGCCAACAAGAUCAAAGCAGACUACGAGAAGAGGCUGAAGGAGAUGAACAGGGACCUGCAGAAGCUGCAGGCAGCCCAGAAGGAACACGCUCGCCUGCUCAAGAACCAGUCCCGUUACGAGCGGGAGCUGCGCAAGCUGCAGGCAGAAGUGGCCGAGAUGAAAAAGGCAAAGGUGGCACUGAUGAAGCAGAUGCGGGAGGAGCAGCAGCGGCGGCGGCUGGCGGAGACCAAACGGAACCGGGAGAUCGCGCAGCUCAAGAAGGAGCAGCGCCGGCAGGAGUUCCAGAUCAGGGCUCUGGAGUCUCAGAAACGGCAGCAGGAAAUAGUGCUGCGGAGGAAAACCCAGGAGGUGUCAGCGCUGCGCCGUCUGGCCAAGCCCAUGUCAGACCGGGUGGCCGGCAGGAUGAGCCAGAAGCCGGCCAUGCUGGACUCGGGUGCCGAGGUCUCAGCCAGCACCACCUCCUCCGAGCCCGAAUCUGGUGCUCGCUCCGUCUCCAGCAUCGUGCGCCAGUGGAACAGGAAAAUCAACAACUUCCUGGGAGACCCCUCGUCCUCCAUUAACGGGGCUCGGCCUGCCAGGAAGAAGUCCCCCAAGAAGGGGUCUAGCCAGACCUUCAGCAAAGCUGCCCGGCUCAAGUGGCAGUCGCUGGAGCGGCGCAUCUUCGACAUUGUCAUGCAGAGGAUGACCAUCGUCAAUCUCGAGGCGGACAUGGAGAGGCUCAUCAAGAAACGCGAGGAGCUGUCACUGCUGCAGGAAGCGCUGCUGGGCAAGCGAGCGAAGCUGCAGGCGGAGAGCCCCAUGGAGCAGAAGGGGCUGCAGGAGCUGAAUGAGGAGAUCGAGGUGCUUGGGGCCAACAUUGACUACAUCAAUGACAGCAUUUCCGACUGCCAGGCCACCAUCAUGCAGAUCGAGGAGACCAAGGAGGAGCUGGACUCCACGGACACCUCGGUGGUCAUCAGCUCCUGCUCCCUGGCCGAAGCCCGGCUGCUGCUGGACAACUUCCUGAAGGCCUCCAUUGACAAGGGGCUGCAGGUGGCCCAGAAGGAGGCGCAGAUCCGGCUGCUGGAGGGGCGGCUGCGGCAGACGGACGUGGCCAGCUCCUCGCAGAACCACGCUCUGCUGGACGCCCUGCGGGAGAAGGCAGAGUCCCACCCUGAGCUGCAGGCACUGAUCCACAACGUGCAGCAAGAGAACGGCUACACCAGCACAGACGAGGAAGUUUCAGAGUUCAGCCUGGCCUCAGAUGGAAGCAUCUCCCAGUCUUUCACCAUGAAGGGCUCAGCAAGCCAGGAUGACUUCAAGUUCAAGGGAGAGCCCAAGCUCUCGGGCCAGAUGAAGGCGGUGUCAGCCGAGUGCCUGGGGCCCACGCUGGACGUCUCCACCAAGAACAUCACCAAGUCCUUGGCGUCCCUCAUGGAGAUCAAAGAGGAUGGCAUCGGCUUCUCCAUCCGAGACCCCUACUACAAGGAGAAGGUGUCGCGCACCGUCAGCCUGCCCACGCGAGGCAGCACCUUUCCCAGGCAGUCUCGGGGCUCGGACACUUCGCCUCUGACAAGGCGGAAAUCCUAUGACCGCGGGCAACCUGCCAGGCCCACAGACAUCGGCUUCACACCGCCCUCUUCGCCCCCCACCCGCCCGCGCAACGACCGCAACGUCUUCUCCCGUCUCACGAGCACCCAGAGCCAGGGAUCCGCCUUGGAUAAGUCUGAUGACAGCGAUUCCUCUGUCUCGGAGGUGCUGAGGGGCAUCAUUAACCCCGUGGGUGGCACCAAGAACGCCCGGACAGCCCCGCUGCAGUGUGUCUCGGUGGCAGAGGGACACACCAAGCCCGUGCUCUGCCUGGAUGCCACCGAUGAGCUGCUCUUCACUGGGUCCAAAGACCGGAGCUGCAAGAUGUGGAACCUGGUGACGGGCCAAGAGAUCGCUUCUCUCAAGGGCCACCCCAACAAUGUGGUGUCCAUCAAGUACUGCAGCCACACGGGGCUGGUGUUCACCGUGUCCACGUCCUACAUCAAAGUGUGGGACAUCCGCGACUCGGCCCGCUGCAUCCGCACCCUCACAUCUUCUGGACAGGUGAUCUCUGGGGACGCCUGUGCUGGCACCACCACCCGCACUGUCACCAGCGUGCAGGGGGAGCACCAGAUCAACCAGAUCGCGCUCAACCCCACGGGCACCACGCUCUACGCUGCUGCUGGCAACUCCGUGCGCGUCUGGGAGCUCAGCAGGCUGCAGCCCGUGGGGAAGCUGAGYGGCCACAUCGGGCCCGUGAUGUGUCUCACGGUGAACCAGACGGCGAGCAACCAYGACCUGGUGGUCACAGGCUCCAAAGAUCACUACGUCAAGGUGUUUGAGAUCACCGAGGGCAUGGUGGGCAACAUUGGCCCCACGCACAACUUUGAGCCCCCUCACUACGAUGGCAUCGAGUGCCUGGCCAUCCAGGGAGACGUCCUCUUCAGUGGCUCCAGGGACAACGGCAUCAAGAAGUGGGAUCUGGAGCAACAGGAGCUCAUCCAGCAAAUCCCCAACGCCCACAAGGACUGGGUGUGUGCCCUGGCCUUCAUCCCCGGGCGCCCCAUGGUGCUGAGCGCCUGCCGAGGCGGCGUCAUCAAGGUGUGGAACGUGGACAACUUCACCCCRGUCGGGGAGAUCAAGGGCCACGACAGCCCCAUCAACGCCAUCUGCACCAACUCUAAGCACAUCUUCACUGCCUCCAGCGACCUGACAGUGAAGCUCUGGAGUGGGAGGAGGCUGCCUGCAGGGUCGAACUAGGACCUGCAGAAAGGCUGGAAGGCACAGGAGCAGGGUGAGGUGUGGCUGCCUCCCCCUGCCAGCACUCAGCCACCUCCAGGAGYUCAGCCCAGGACUGGGAUUUCUCUGUGCCUGACCCACCGGGGUGGACAAUGCUGCAUCCGGUACUUUGAGCACGGUCAGCUCCUGCGAGGAGGCAGCUCUGUGGGGCACCAGCAGCUCCACUUCCCCUCCUCCUGAGGUUCCUCGUGGUUCUCCAGUGAACAGGAACUGUUCCAUCUCUCCUCUCACCCAUCCUGCUGAGGUUCAAACCUCGUGGUUCUCCAGUGAACAGGAAUUGUUCCAUCUCUCCUCUCACCCAUCCUGAUGAGGUUCAUCCCUCGUGGUUCUCCAGUGAACAGGAAUUGUUCCAUCUCUCCUCUCACCCAUCCUGCUGACCCUCCUGCGGGUCAGAGUUCCUCAGAGACACCCAGGUCCCUCCUGUGGGCUCCCAUGGCCUGUCCUGUGCUGUGCUGUGCUGCUCCCAGGCUGGUUCCUGCAGGAGCCUUCCUCCACCCCAUGAGGACAUUUGGUGUCUGCUGGCCAGGACCACAACACAGAUGGUGCUUCUCUGGAUCCAUCACUCGUGGGACACUUCUGCUGUGGGGGCUGCAGAAGGAUUUCCUGGCCUUCCCUGUCCUUGGUGGCCGUGUCCCCAGUGGUCAGAGGUGUGCACCUCGAAGCUCCUUUGCCGUGUCCCAUCGUGACAAUCUUGGGAAGAUCUCCCAGACAGACCUGCUGCAGUUCCCUUCCACAUUCUCCAAACCCCAGCUGUGAACUCAACUGCCCUGCCAAAGGCUCUGGGCUCUUCCCCACAUGCCCAGCCUGCUCUGCAGUGGGAAGGGCUGCUGGACCCUGCUCUGGACAUCGUGGCUGCUGGACCCUGCUGUGGACGUCGUGACCCCCAGCAGGGGUUUAUGGUGGGUUCCUGCAGUGAAUUGAGCCCCUUGAGAUGGAGGAGUGAAGCAAGAAUGGAGAUUACAGGGCAAAAAUSCCAGGGCUGGAUGUGUCACCCCGCUGCUGUGGGGUGUCUGUCCUUGCCUUGGGUUGGGCCCGUGUGGAUGUGAGGAUGGAGAGGAUCUGGCCAGGCACGGAGCCACUGCGGCAGGAGCAGGGUGAGGUGAGGAGGGGGCAGCACACUCUGAUCUCGCACAAGUCCCCUGACUCGCCCUGUGCCCGAAGGACGAUCCUGCAGCGGGUGGCCUUGCACAAUCUCAUCUCCCUGAGGGUCUGGGGGCCCCGUCCAGGAGAGUUCCCCCAAGGAUGCACAUUCUGCAGGCACCUUACUCUGUCUCUCCUGUUAAAGGGGGGCUGUUAAGGCCCUGGUCUCACACUGGAGCUUCCUCCUGUCUCUCCCAUGGCCUGUUGGACCAUCCCCUGCUCUGUCCUGCCCUGGGCCACUCAAAUCUCUUGUGAGCUGGCUGAGGAGACCCCAGGAUGGGUGUUCUUGCCUCACACGCUCUCCUUUCCCCUUUGCCACAGAAGAAGCAGCACUUGAACUCAAAUUUAAGGAUUUCUCCGUGUGAUCCCACCAGCACUGAACUGGGAUCUUGGAGGCCAGGGGCUCCAGGACCUGCCCCAUAAAGCACAGAGCAUUUCCCCUCUGCUCUCUCCAACCACCGCGAUACCUUGACCAGCCCCAGGUGAUUUCCCACCGGCCUUAGCCCUUGUUCUGAGUACUCUGGCUGGUGUUUGGGGAUUCCUCUGCAUCACGAAAGACAGGAGCAUCUCUAUUGAUUUGAUGGGGGAGGAGGGUUGCCUUUUUUUUUUGGGAAAAGUUCCAUCCUGCUGGCUUGCCUUGUUGGAGGGUAAAUGGUACAUGUGUGUGUGUGUUUGAGUGUGUGUGUGUGUGUGUGUUUGGGUAUGUUUAGGUGUGUAACCCUGCCCAGGACAGCCACUCUCUGUCCCCUGUGAUUGUGGCUGAGCCCUGCACAGCCAGGAUUGAGGACUCUGUUGAGGAGCCCAUCCCUCCUGGGUGACCUGUGGAGCUGAGGGUGCAGCCAAAAAURCACAGAGACCUCACCACCCGGCAGCCCACAGCCAUGGGGGGCUGGAGGAGGUGUCUCCCCCACCCCAAGCCUGUUUUGGAGUGUUUCUGCACUCAUUCCUCAGCUUGGCUUGGCUGGAGGGGCUCUGUGAGUUUGGAGGCUGUGUUUGCCUGUAGCCAGGUGUCACAGGUGAAUCUGUGUCUGCUCUGAGAUCUCCAGUGCCUGCUCUGAACCCUUCAGUUGUUCCCUCCCUGCUGUCCUGGGUGAAGGGGGCUCUGGAGGGGCUGGGGUCACACCUGCCUUGCCUUUUCCCACCCAUUUCUUCCUGUGUGCAGGCUGUAAGUGCCUGUUGAGUAUUCCAGGGCUGAGUGGCCAGUCCUGGGUGAUGCUGAGCCCCUCUUGCUGCUGUGGCCAGCAGCACAGUGAGGGCUUCAGGGCUCUCCCAGCCUGUGGAGGGUGGGAGCUGAUUUUGGGGUACUGGUGUUCCAAGGCAGAGGGGUUAAAAUGAGGGAUGUCCUGGUUUAGGAACAKUGWUCUCCARUUUAGUGCUCCCACUAAAAUCAUGCACCUCACUCCCCAUCCYGUGGAGAGGGGAAUUGGAGGCACAACAGAUGAAGAUGCUGGGUUAAGAGCAAUCUACUGGAAACAGUUAUGAGAUAAAAGACAAACAGUAAAAUAGCAACAAUAUUAAUAACAAGUAUACAAAAAAGAGAAUGAAUCACGUGCAGAAUGCUCACUGUGGAUUCUGCCACUGUGUAUCUCAGAGGCAUCAGUGCAUGGUGUGCACCAGUGUCAGUGAAAGCCUUACACUCUGUGGGUCUGCAGUGCCAGGCCAUGGAUCCACACAAUCCCACAGAUCCCACUGUCCCUUUUCCUCUGCCAGGCUGGAGGCAGGGCCCCUCUAGUUCUCCUCACGGUGCUCAUUGCUGAGUUCUUGUGAAUGUGUACUGAAGGUGCGCUCAUCAGCCCAUUUAUCAUCCAUCUGAGCACAUCCACCCUGAAAACUGGAAAUCCUCAAAGAAUUCCCUGCAGUUGCUGUUUUUCCUCUCAGCUCACACACCCAUGCUGCUGGGGCAGAGGUAGGUUUUCCAUCCCACUUCCUCUUGUCCCCUGUGUGGUCAUGCAGCUAAAAGCACAGGUUGUGUUGGUGUGUCCUCUCUCUCUCAAGCAGUUGCUCCCAACAGCAGAGGCUCUGGUCUGUACUGGUGUGACAUGGGAUAUUUGCUCAGUCAUAGCCCAUGGGCUGGUCCAGUCUUAGACACAAUUUUUACACAGGUACAGAGGUUGGCAGGAAGGAGAGAAGAUGAUUUUCAUAUGGCU